CAAGCGGCUCAACACGGAGCCCACAGCAUCAGUCCCACGGCUCUCACCGGCAUCCCCUGAAGAAGGCGGCGGCGGCGGCGAGCUGGGCUGCCAACGCUCGGGCCCUUUGCGCUGCCGGGCGGGCGGGAAGGGCAGCGUCGGGCAGCCUGGGUGGGACGCGCGCUGCCCGGGGACCUGCCGCCGCCACAGGGGUUGAGCAUUCCUGUUAAGAUUGCUGCCGUAAAGACAUGACCACACAGUACGGUAUUCUCUUCAAGCAAGAGCAAGCUCACGAUGAUGCCAUUUGGUCAGUUGCCUGGGGAAAAAAUAAAAAAGAUGGUUCUGAAACAGUGAUCUCUGGUUCUUUGGAUGAUCUAGUGAAGGUCUGGAAGUGGAAUGAUGAAAAAUUGGAUCUACAGUGGACUUUGGAGGGUCACCAGCUGGGCGUGGUAUCUGUGGAUAUCAGCCACACAGGCUCCAUUGCAGCAUCCAGCUCCCUAGAUGCCCAUAUUCGCCUUUGGGAUUUAGAAACCGGCAAACAAAUCAAGUCAAUAGAUGCUGGUCCUGUUGAUGCUUGGUCCCUGGCUUUUUCACCUGAUUCCCAGUACCUUGCAACAGGAAGUCAUGUGGGAAAAGUAAAUAUUUUUGGUGUUGAAACCGGAAAGAAAGAAUAUUCUCUGGACACCAGAGGAAAGUUCAUCCUUAGCAUUGCAUAUAGUCCAGAUGGAAAAUACUUAGCCAGUGGAGCAAUAGAUGGCAUUAUCAAUAUUUUUGAUAUUGCAACUGGAAAACUUCUGCAUACGCUAGAAGGUCAUGCGAUGCCUAUUCGUUCACUGACAUUUUCUCCAGAUUCUCAGUUACUUGUAACUGCUUCAGAUGACGGCUAUAUCAAAAUCUACGAUGUGCAACAUGCAAACUUGGCUGGCACAUUAAGUGGUCAUGGAUCCUGGGUAUUAAAUGUAGCAUUUUGUCCUGAUGAUACCCAUUUUGUUUCCAGUUCAUCUGAUAAAAGUGUAAAAGUUUGGGAUGCUGGAACGAGAACCUGUGUUCACACUUUCUUGGACCACCAAGAUCAGGUUUGGGGAGUGAAGUACAAUGGAAGUGGGUCCAAAAUUGUAUCUGUUGGAGAUGAUCAAGAAAUUCAUAUUUAUGACUGUCCAGUUUAAGUGUCUUAACUCAGACCCUCUGGUUCACUCUUGUGGCAGUAUCUGGGAAUACUAUCAUCCUUCUAUGUCAUUUUUUAGUAUUACAAAAGCAUUUUAGUAAUGCUGAUCUGCAAAAUCAGAUAUGUUUGUAUGUAAUUUUGAUUUUGUUUAGCAUGAGAGAAAGCUUUACUUUUUUUAAAAUAAAAGCUACAGAUGCAAGUAA